AUAAGAAACAGGUGAUGAUCCUUUAAUUUCCUGAGUUCCGGCGAAUUAACAAGCUUCAAAUUCAAUUGCUUUUCAUGCAAAUGGAUGUUUAUACACACAUCUCAUUACCAUCUUUCAUAUCGCAUCGCUUCUCUUCUUCACGAUUCCAAUGCUCAUCACUUUCUUCUUAUUCUCCUUUCAAGCUUGUCUGUUCCAACAGAGACUCCAAGGAAUCUCAACGAAACGACGAUAACAAUAACAAGGGUGAUAAAUCUUCAACAGACUGGGACAAGGCAUGGUCAAAAUUCAAAAAGCAAGGGGGAAAAAAACCCUUCUCCAAAUUUUCAGAUAAGUAUGUGAGCUGGAAUCCUAAGCGUUCAGAGUUCCCUCUUUCUGAGGAGGUUGACCCUAUCAAGAGAACAGAGAGAUCAAACCUCAGUUUCUGGAAUAGUCCAACUUUCACUUUAGGGGGUGCAAUUAUAAUUGUCUUAUUUCUUCUGUUGUACACCAUUCUUGCACCAAUCAAGUGAUCUCUUUUAAAGCAAUAUAACUGUAAAACUGAAAUAUUGUUUCACAGAAAAUGUAAAUCCUUUACUAAUGUAAUUGAUGGCUUCUCUCCAUUUUCUUUUGUAGUUCUGUUGCUUCACCCACUUGAAACGAUAUUCUUCCUCGGAUAUGUCAUUGGCUUUUCAUAGCCAAUCAUAUUUACAGAUGACUUUCAUGCAUGCUGAAGUGAGAUAUGAAUACGGAAUAAAUUGAUCAUAUUAUGUGCUUGCUUUAACCAGUUUUUAACUGGGGAGAAUUCUAGAAAAGUCAAAACAAGGUAAGUGUUGAACUUGAGUAGACUAGUAAAUGGCAAUUACUUGUAGUGAAUUAGGUUUAUGGUAUGUAAUUGAUUGUAGGUUAAUCAAUUGAUGAACUUGAUAACCACUUGUUAUUAAUCAAUUUGACAAUUUCCC